AUGAACAAUACCGAGGUGACUGAUCUGGACAAGUAUCAAUUCCGGCCAAAAGCAAUGGCCAUGGGAAGUCUGAUGGGAAGUGUCUUCCAGCAGGUGAGUUUCGGCUAUCGUCGAGACGGCUUCAAAAGUACAAGAGGCGAGUCAUACAUUGCCUUUGACUUUAAGCGUGAACACAUCGCUAUCCGAGCCAAAUUCAAAGCGGACGAAUCUCAACUGCCGCCAGCUCUUCGACCCCUCGAUGCCGAACUAGCCUUUGACGAUAUCGCCUCGGAGGGUAUCCAUAUUCGAGACGUCCCGGUGUGGGGUCAGGUCAAACACGAAGUCACAGUGACUAUCACCUGUCGGAGACCUCCCAAGUUCUUUGCGCCGUUUGAAGUGAAUCAGGAAGAUUUGGUGAAAAUGUCGGAGCAGGAGCGUAGAAGACUCCCCAGGAGGCGCCGAGCGACGGCUUUGGACUUUGCCAUCGCAGGCGUGUCUGAAAGGAAUGCUGGUCCGCUGUCCACUAUACCUGAAGGUCCUUGUGCCUAUCCGACUUUUUGGAACUCGUACCGUUGGAUCUUCAGCCUUCCUCCUGAGCAGCUCGCGAAGCUCAAGGGCUGCACUCAAAAGUUCGAACGACUCGCCGAGAUUGACCCAGACAUGCACCUCAUGUCCCCUCAGAAGAGGUCCCACGAGAGAACCGACAGAUUGGAUCCGACAACCUUUAAUCAGAGCUAUCAUUGUCCAGACAUGUCAAAUAUACGGUUCUCGACCCGGUGCCUCAUUGAGGGUUUGAUCGCCCAUGGUAUUCUCAAACCUGGCGAUGUGCCCAGUCUUCGCGCGGCUCUCAAAACCCACGCCACCGUCCCAGCGUUUCAAGACCGCCUCUUGGAAUGUCUCUACAACUUCGAGCGGAUCAAAAAUGUGGGGUUCAUUGUCCAACGUCGAGCCCAAUUUCUGCGGCGGACAAAUCUAACAGUCCUCUCCCAUUUGGUCAUGAUACGCACAGUACUCGUUACACCCACAAGUGUUCUGGUCGGUGCUCCACAACAAGAGCCUUCCAACAGUGUGACGAGACGGUACGCGGAUCGACUCGACGGUAUCAUUCGCGUGCAAUUUGCGGACGAGGAAGACAAGUUGCAAAUCCAGGACUUUACCAAACAGUGCGACCAGCUUCGACCCGAUAUCGGUAUCAUGGCCAGAGUCAGGCGAGCGCUUCAGCACGGCUUGAUCGUUGGUGGCAAGAGGUUCUUACCUGUCGCCUCAUCGGCUUCUCAGCAAAAGGAUCACUCUUUGUGGUUCAUCGAUCCGACCGUCAUCGAUGGGUCAGAAUUACGAACAUGGAUGGGUAGCGUCGACGAAACAAUCGUUGCCAAACAUGCAGCUCGUAUGGGUUUGCCAUUUAGCACGAGCCGCAUCGUUGAUCUUAAGAUCACCAUAGGUCGAAACCUUGCAGAUGUUGAGCGAGGCAAGUACUGCUUCACGGAUGGUGUCGGCGUCGCUGGGCGAGCGCUCAUGAAGGAAGCGGCCAAGGCGCUUGGGACAAAAACUGGGAUCAAUGCACAGCCUUCUGCCAUACAGGUCCGCUUGGGGGGCGCCAAAGGAGUUCUGGGCUGCUGGCCUAAUCUUGCCGGGGAUCACGAAGUACGACUCCGUCCAUCCAUGAUCAAAUUCCAGAGUAUCUUGAAAGACCUCAACGUCGUCAGGCUCGCCAAGUACCAAGUGGCAUUCCUCAACCGCCAAUUCAUCCUCAUCAUGUGUGCCAAUGGAGUGCCACACCAGGUGAUCAGACAGAUCUUUGAAGAUGCAGUGAGCAGUAUAAGAGGGAUGCGCAGAAGAGUCGAGCAAGGCAGACAUACUCGGGAAGAUCUCAAGUUGAUGUCGGUGUGCUCAGAGUUCCCCUUGACUGCUUUGGUGAAAGCUGGUUUCAACCAAGAUCCUCUCAUCCUCGAUAUCAUCUCCAUCAUCGAGUGUCGGACUUUACAAGAUCUAAAGUGGAGGGCUCGCGUCAGGCUAGACGGGGGCGUGUAUCUCAUAGGCAUCGCGGAUGAAUCGGGUAUGCUCAAGGAGGGUGAAGUGUUCUGCCAGUACCAAGAUGAGGGACAGGCGAAACCUGUCAUUGUGCAGAGCGAGGUUCUGGUCUGUCGAGCACCGGCUUGUGAGUUUCAAGACUCAGUCUCUAUGAAAUUGAUUCGUUCAGUGCACCCUGGUGAUAUCAGGCGUGCAAUGGCUGUGGAUUGCCCGGCCUUGAGGCAUCUCAAGAAUGUGAUUGUGUUCAGCAUACAUGGCGAUCGAGAUCUGCCGAACCAGCUAGGAGGUGGAGACUUGGACGGAGACGACUUCACCUUGAUCUGGGACCAACGGUUCGUCCAACCACUCCGUGUACACCAGCCUAUGGAUUACACGGCACCGGAACCUAUCAGAGUCGAUCGAGUGUCACAAGAGCACUUGAACGAGAACUUUGUGCAAUACAUCAUGAACGACGUUUUGGGUCAAGUUGACAACAAUCAUCUCGCCUUGAGCGACCUGUAUGAUCCCUUCCAUCCCGAUUGUCUGCACCUAUCAGAGGUUCACAGUGUGACUGGUGUCGCAGCGGUGCUGGACCCUAGCCUUCGACCCAAGUCAUGGCCUGAUUUCAUGGACAAGGACGCCACUAAACUAGUUUACGAGAGUCAGAAGAUCCUGGGCCAGCUUUUCCGAAUAGUACAACCAGACCCGCAUUUCCGUUCUGCCGAUCUCCAAGCUAUGCAAUAUCCUGUCGAUUUGCGUAUCACUCGUCAUCCAGUCUAUGCCAGUCUCAUCGAGAGGCUCAAACCCAUCAAGGCUCAAUUCGAAUCGUCGAUGGCUUAUGACAUGAGACGAUACCGAGUGACUGAGCCGGAGAUCCCGUCUGGUAUCGCUGUAAAGAACAAACGACGCAAGCGAGCUCGUGAUCAGAAUCUGAAUGAACCCCUUCAAGACGCUUACGAGUGUCAUGUCGGUGUGGCCCGAGAAUCCUCCCGCGAAAUCUUCAAGCAUGUCAUUAUCAAAUCGAGAUUGACUGAGAUGGAAAUGGUAGCUCGUCAUGCAUAUGCGCUGACCUAUGAGAAGCAUUACGUGGAGGAGUGGAUCGCCGAGGUGCGAGCUGGCAAGUGGGGAAGUAUGGACCGAGGCGACGAUGGAGAUGAUCAGCCCGAGCCGAUGAUGUGUUUCGCCUGGGUGUUUUGUCAAGAGUUGAUGCAGCUCGCUGAGAAGGAGAUAAAAGUAGAGCCAUAA